GAAAAAGAUACGUUACCAUAGCAACGAACAGUGUAUCCUACAUUUAUGACUCCAGCACUCCACACAGUAAUGAUUAAGUUCCAUUAUAACGUUAUCUUUAGUUGUAUCCUUAAAAUGUAAUUUCGUGAUCCCAGAGAUGUCUGUUUGUUUUGCCCGGAAACACAAAAUGCUUGCCGAAAAAACAACGUGUAAAUCCAACAUUUCCGUACACGCAAUGGCUGCGGAGUAAACAGUAAGGAAAUUUUCAAUUUAAAGGUUGGUUUUGUGUCAGGCGAACAGUCUUAUCUGUCUGGACAGAUAUGAGCCAUUAGUGUGAGUAACGAAUGUGAGUGAGUUCACAACUGUGACCAACGUUUCCAUAGCAACAGAAUGUGUAGACACCUGCAAAAAAGGUUUACUACGAUUUCUGGGAUCUUAUUAAACAACCAAAAAAAUAGGCUUCAGUAUAGUGGUAUUGAUCCACAGGUAGUGGGAUCAAUACCUGUUGAGGGCAACGACCGGGUAGCGUUAAUAAUGUACUUUGUCCCUUCUCGCUUCCAUUACAAUGUCAAAACAAGGAAGGGUCGGAAGUAGAAUAUAUUAUGGAAAAAGCGACACGAAAGAAAAACUCAAAAGGCACAUCUUCAAUAGAGGGGGAGAAGCAACCAAGGCAGGAAGAAAUGACACAGCCAGAGAAAUAUAUGUUUUCCCUUGCUGUCAUUGCUCUAGUUGUAGCCGUUUGCGUGGCACCACUGACAGCUGAAAUAUCUACAUCUGGCUUUUCAUCUCAUAAACACAGUGUCCUAAAGAUGGAUGAGGCAGUUUUGACAGUCAACAAUGAUCUGGACAUUGAGGUGGUGGUUUCCUGGAUGUCAGAGCGCUGCUACCAGUGUUUGUACCAGCAGCUAGGGGUGGUACCUGCAGCGCAGAGUCCUGGCCAGCCCGGUUCAGUUGACUUUGUUGUAAGCACACAGCAUGAAAUUACACUACAGCUCAACAGCACUGAUGUUAACCUGGAGUUGUGCACAAUUCCAUUCCACUUUGGGGAGCAUGGAAACUACUCUUUGUGGGUGAAAAAUCUAAAUGACUCCUCAGUGGUCAACUGCUCUGUAGUGAAUGAUGCAGACCCCAUCAACAGCUACAUACCGAUAUUGGUAGCUUUUCUUAUCUUUGCUGGACUGGUCGUGGUGUCUGCCAUUGGAAGAACAUUAUUAGGGCUUGAUGUAGUGAAAGGUAUCCUCUUCCGAAUUGGUGGCUCCAUGGAGACAGAAAGGCUCAUCAACUCUGAACUGGGCUCCCCUGGCAGGACGGUGACAUCCGUUACUGACAACAUCCUCCCUCCUCCACCCAACCCCAGCAAGAGGCUGCGAUCUCUGGACACAUUCAGAGGUAUCUCCUUAGUCAUUAUGGUGUUUGUGAACUAUGGAGGGGGGCGAUACUGGUUCUUUAGACACACAAGCUGGAAUGGUCUUACUGUUGCAGAUCUAGUCUUUCCUUGGUUUGUGUUUAUAAUGGGGACAUCCAUUGCGCUGUCAGUCAACUCCCUGCUGCGUGCAGGCUUGACUCGCUGUGCACUGCUGAGGAAAGUUGUGUGGAGGAGCCUGCAGCUCUUCAUUAUCGGUGUCUUCAUUAUCAACCCAAACUACUGCCAGGGACCAUUAUCUUGGGACAACCUGCGCAUCCCAGGUGUGUUGCAGCGUCUGGCCUGGUCGUACCUGGUUGUAGCCAGCCUGGAUCUGUUGGUGGCGAGAGGUCACCUUGACAUCCUUACAACGGGUGCUUGGUGGUCUCCUGGCAUUGACAUUUUGCUGUACUGGCCAGCUUGGCUGUGUGUGCUUCUCUUAGAAAGCAUCUGGCUAUUCCUCACUUUCCAACUUCCUGUACCAGAUUGCCCAACAGGCUAUCUAGGACCAGGUGGGAUCGGGGACAUGGGUCUAUACGCCAACUGCACCGGUGGAGCAGCUGGUUUCAUUGACCGUUGGCUGCUGGGAGAAAACCACAUCUACCAGACUCCCUCGUCACGGGUGAUUUUUGCAACGCACAUGCCAUAUGAUCCAGAAGGUGUUCUUGGCAGCAUCAACUCUGUCCUCAUGGCUUUUCUUGGAUUACAGGCAGGAAAAAUAAUCUUACACUACAGAGAACUCCACAGGAGUAUAAUGUCAAGGUUUCUUAUAUGGGGUCUCUUAUUGGGUGCCAUAUCAGCACUUCUGACCAAGUGUUCCACAGACCAGGGCUUCAUUCCUAUCAACAAAAACCUAUGGUCUCUGUCCUAUGUGACAACACUGGCUUGUUUUGCCUUUGUGCUGCUAGUUCUGGUCUACUACACGGUGGAUGUAAAGAAGUGGUGGUCUGGAGCACCUUUCUACUACCCUGGUAUGAACUCCAUCCUUGUGUAUGUGGGCCAUGAAGUGUUUGAAGAGUACUUCCCCUUCCGUUGGCGCAUGGCCAACAGCCAAUCCCACGCUGAACACCUCACCCAGAACCUCGUGGCUACUUCCUGUUGGGUGUUCAUCUCCUAUGUGCUCUACAGAAAGAAGAUUUUCUGGAAAAUUUAGAAGUGGGGCCUCUAAAUGAUGGGGCAUUCAGACAGAUAAUAGCAGAGGACAUUGUUUACAUCAGAAUUGCUGGAGUUAUAAUGUGAGAACAUUUGGAAGGCGGAAAAUAGGAGGCUGAUUUAUUUUGUCAAAACUAUGAUGGUUCGCUGUCUCUGAACAUAUAAGGGUUUUUCUUUAAAACAACACUCUUUUUUUUUUUUUUUUUUAAUUCUCAGUCAGUAAGUUAUAGGACCAUAAAUGUUUUAAGACUCCCAAAGAUCUUCAGAUAUGAAGCAGCUGAUCUCUGCCAAAUAUCUUAACUGACUCAGGAAAAACUUGUCCAAGAAUAGUACUUAGAAAAGAAUUUGAGAACUAUAAAGACUGACAUUGUUAAACUACUGUUUGACUAAGUGUUGUAGAUACAGGUUUCAUUCCUCAUCUUGUGUCCCAGACUACAGCAGCAGGGUGUCGCAGUAGUGGUUUAACAAGCCCUUGUUGACUUCCCCUUGGGAGAAUCCCUGCUACAGCUGUUACUCUGAAAGCUGAAGUGGGUUUUUGUGAGACUGACUUUUCAAGUGCAGAAGGAGACAGCAAAAUUAUGUAUGUUCUUAAAAAAAGACUACCAAGAAUGCAUUUUCAUCAUUUCCACUGCACAACAGAUGGUGGAAGUGAUAUUUAAAGAAAAGAGAAACAGUGUGUAGUGGUUUUAAAAUAAUAACGCCCAGCAUCUAUUAGCAUUUAUUAUUGUGAGUUAGUAUGCCAACUCAAAUGCAAGUGUUUUCCAUUUGCAAUCCCCAACCCCACUCCUUCAUUUAGCAAGGGACCAGUGGUGUGAUAUGUGAUGCUGCGUGUUAACAAGUGAUGAGGGGAAGUGAAGGAGGGCUUGUCAGUUGACCCACUGAAGGUUGCUUGUUUUGUAUUUUGGUUAAGUGCAUGUGUACUGCCCUUUUUAUUCAACUACACAUGCCCAGUUUUAUGUUUGCAUUGACAAAAAUGAUUUGUCUUUCUCUUGCCAAAAGUCUGUUAUAUUUGAGUAGCCAUUUUUCCACAUUAUGUUAAAUGUGUUGUGAAUUUCCAGAAAGAAAAUCUACUGUAUGUACAUGUGCAGGAGUUAAAUUUUGAGAUUUGAAAAUACAUCAUACAUUCAGAUGUAAGAUUAGUAGGCACACCUAGCUAAAAUUAUUGGUCUAAUACAGUAGGCCUGAUAUAUGAUAUGAAUUUGGGGGGGCGACUGCAGCCUCCAAAAUGACCAUAAAGUUACAUCAGCACCUCCCUAAAACAGUUUAAAGCAGUUUCAAUACAAACUGAACUUUAUAACCAUCAUGAAGGGGAGAUUUAUUGCAGGACUGUUAUAUUGCACUUAAUUAGUUUUAACUAAUAAACUGGGUAUAUAUUUGAUGAUGUGCCCUAUUCUGCAAUUGGCAGUUCAUAUAACUUGUAACAUUUAUAGAUUUAUGGAUUUUGGAAAACGAUAUGGUCAAUAUGAAUCUAAAUGCUGCGAGCGACCUUUUAAUAAUUGCUAAUCUAGUAUUGUCUUUUCUUGAUGGAAUUCAUUUUUUUCAAACUUUUAUACAAUUAUUUCUUUUAUAUUCACCAUUUGAAAAUGAAGUAAGUUUAUGUAAUAAAUCUUAUUCCAAAGAA